AUGGCGUUCGCGGCGGCGAGAAUGAUCCUUAAGGAUAAGCGACGGAAGGCCAGCAAAGAGGACUUCGCGCCCCGAAAUAGGAGCAAGGCCCGCAGCGCCAGUACAAGUAGCUUUAGAAGCCUGAGCCAGGCUCGCAACAAACCAGCAGAUGGAGUGGGUCAUGUCAACCAGAAGGGAUCCGCGGGUCAAAAAGCACCUGCAGCCGGGCAAAAGGUGGCGCCUGGUGCAAAAAGUGCCGCGAAACCGGCACAGAAGCCCUCUGCUCAGAAAGGGCAGGUUAAGGUCACACCAAAGGCAGCUUCCGUUAAGACUGGCAAGAACAAGAAGAAGGGACAGAGGCAGCAGUACGACCUUAUCGUCACCAUCAAUCUGUCUGAAUAUGGGCUCACGGAGGAUCAGGUGGCUGAAUUCAAGGAGGCGUUCAUGCUAUUCGACAAAGACGAAGAUGGAACCAUCACGAUGGCGGAACUUGGGGUGGUCAUGCGAUCGUUGGGACAGAGGCCGUCUGAAACAGAGCUACGAGAUAUGGUGAACGAAGUGGAUCAAGAUGGAAACGGUACCAUCGAGUUCAACGAAUUCCUCCAAAUGAUGUCAAAGAAAAUGAAGGGUGCCGACGGUGAAAAAGAGCUGCGCGAAGCAUUCAAAGUAUUCGACAAGAACAACGACGGAAUGAUCUCAUCGAAGGAACUACGACACGUAAUGACGAACCUUGGGGAGAAACUAUCGGAAGAGGAAGUCGACGACAUGAUCAAGGAAGCGGAUCUCGACGGUGACGGGAUGGUGAAUUAUGAAGAAUUCGUGACAAUCCUGACGUCAAAGAAUUAGUUCGGCGGCUCUGGAUCGGACAAGAAGCUAUCCAGCUGCCGGAAGUCUUCGACGAAGAACAGAAUCAAACUCGCAAAGUUCCUCUCCGCUCGAAAGCAUAGCGAAACGAUCGUCUUCGCGAACCUCACCAUCCAAGAUAUCCCUAACGAACCAUAGGAUAGGAUUCGGAACACGAGAAUAGAAACGCAGGACCUUUGAAAAAUUUGGUUGAACGAAGAUGAAACGUCGUUUAUUCGGCUUCUGGCGUGCAAGAUUUUCCUCGCGCGAGGGUAAGUGGUACCGGAAGACUGUGAAAAUGGUGUCUCGAGUGGUGGGGUAGCAGGAUGUCCAAGAAACAGGAAAAAAGGAAGAGUGAGGGGAAAGGAGGGUGGACUUUCGCAGUUGCACACGCAUACACGCAUACACACCUCGCUCCUUCGAAUAAUUUUACAAGUAUAAGCUAGCGAAACGACACUGUACGUGAAAACGAGUGAGGUGCUCGCUCCCGAAACAAUCAACUGAGCUUCGUUUAGCGUUUACCUACCUAUUACCUAUACUCUCUAUUAAAUGCUAUACAACAUCGUUAUUGAUAUUGUUAGGAACCAAACAAUCUCUCUUCAUCCCUUUCACUCCCAUUGUUCGAUCGGUAUUGUUCCUUCAGCAUCGUUGAAUUUCCUUGCAAACAACACGAGUCCUCCCAAUUUCCGUCAUAAACAUUCUGGCGUGCGAGAUCUGUCUUCAAAUUUAGAUGAAUGUCGUUGGCAAGUAGAUUAGCUUUAACGACGAUAUACUUGUGGCAGAAUUUUUAGACGCACGUUGUGGCUGCAUGCCAGAACAGUUGCUGGAAAGUAAGAAUCAAAGCAACCAGUAGCGGUCUUUCCUUUCCAACGUACAACUCCAGACCACGCGAUGUUCGUACGGUCUUAGUUAUCGAUCGUUUUGUAUUCGUAUCGUACGAAGUAGCAGAGAAUCUCGUAUCGCCCAUCCCGUUCUUGUCGAACACGAGGCGAGAUUAGGAUUCUCGCCAGUGUCCCGAAACCCUUCUGUAUCGAACACCGUCCACCUAAAACCUCGACAUUCGAUCCCAUUCACGAAUCCAACCCGUACUAAUUACGUCGUUGCACCCUUAGGUCCUUAAGAUGACAAGCCACAGCCGUAGCUCGCGAAUAGAUGGUAGCUAGUUAGUGCAAUAGAAAGGAAAUACGUACACGUAAUAAAUGAUGCAUUAUACACAUACCUAUUAUAUAUACCUAUACAUGGUGUUACUACCGAAGGUACUUGAAGUAACGUUAUUAUGAAUAUUCAUAUAUAUAUAAAUGCAUAUAUAUUAUAUAUACAUAUACACGUUAGCAACCUACGUCGGUGGUAUACUGGCAUUGAUAUUUUUAUGGUUUUAAAAAAAAAUACAACAAGAACAAGAACAAGUAUUAGUGUCAGAAAGCGAGAGAGAAAGAAAGCGAGCAAAAGAAACAAAGAGCGAAAGUGUGAGAAUGUAUGAGUGAAAGAGAGAGAAAACUGAAUGAAAGAGAGCAAAAGAGAAAUUGGUUGGUCGAAGCGCGGAAGAAAAGCGCGUGUACAUAGCAAACAUUCAACAGUGAGGGAAAGGAGAAACGGGAUUAAAAGAAAAUAAACAUAAAAGAACAAUAAGAAGAGCUCUUAAAGGUGUAGAGACGAUUCGUUUCGUCCUAAAGGAGCGUCGACGGAUGGUACGCGAAUAUUGCUAUCGUUAUCGUUGGUAAUGUUGGUCACACGAAGCGGUGAUUUUCGCAAACGUACACAACAACACACACAUAUAGAGAGAUAGACAAUAAUUCUGUUCUUUAGUUAGGUGACACGCGUGUAGUUACAUUGCGUUGUUUCGAAUCGAUCGCUGGGUAAUGUACGACGAGAUCGUGAAAAGUAACGAAACACGAUUGAUACAUGAAAAAGAUAUGAGAGCAAAUGUGAAUUUGACAAAAUCGACGUACCUACCCUACAGUGCGAUCGUCCUUUUCAGCCGCUUCGCGCCCCUGUCUCGCGGUCGCAAAAAUAUAUACCGAAGCUUGAAAUUGACAACUUUCUAAAUCAGCUUUUGAUUUUUGUAAUUUCUUUCGUCAUCGAUGAGAUUUACGACCGGUUGACAUCGGCGUGACGCGGUCUGUGCUGCUAUUAAGAUUAAAGAAGAAAAAAGGAUACACGAGAAACGCGCAAAUAUACAUGCAAACAUAAAGCAAGACGCUUCGACAGUUAAAACAUAAAAAAGAGCUCGAUACGUCGAUGCAAAAUAGUAAUGUAUAACGUCCCGAAGACAAUAUCUUUAACGAUUUUAUUAAAGAAAGAAUUAAUCGAGAUUUACCUCGAGAGAAGGCCUACGUUUUGCCACGUGUGUCCGACAAGAUAGAUUGUAGAAAGAUUGUCAGAGAGAAAGAGAGUGAAAGGAAGAGCGAGAAUGCAGAGAGAGAGAAAAGAUAGGAGAAUCGAAAAGUCAUAUGGUGAAGGAAAUACGAGAAAAACAAGGUGCUGUUUAGCUUUAGAUAUCGUCAGAUUUUGCUUUACAGUCUAUCUAUUUGCUUUUGUUUCACCUGAAUUACUGCACUUUUCGUUACACUUACUCGUAGACUUUUCUUUCCCGUUCGUUCUACCUUUUUCAAAUCUUACUAUGUUCUUGGAAGAUGCGACGAACAGAUGGGCCGAUUCAUUUGGAUUCAUAUAACAUGCACGAAAAAUUUCACUGCACCCCAUGAGUUUUUCGUUAGAUAGACUUUCCGUCUGAUACGAGAACUUUAUCUCGGUAUAAGAAAAGCAACAAAAA